AAGAAAAAGAAAAAAACAUCUUGAAAGGGCUCUAAGCUUCAAGCCCAACACAGAAUCUCUCUUUUUCCUGCAAAACCUUCACUGUAGUACCCGCGUGUCCUUCCCUCUCUAUGUCUCGAUGUAGCAAAAUCUUAUUUUCCCUUCCCAAGCUCAGAUUUUCCCGAACCACAAUCCUUCACUUUCUCAGCGUCCAGACACUAAAUCAAAAUCUACAUCUUUUCGAAUGAAACCUUUUAUCACUGUGGUUUUCAUGACCAGGCGCACAUUCUUUUGCUGUAUUGAGAUCCACUCAUGAACAUAUAACCUCAAAAUUUCUCUAAAACCCAAUUUCGUAUCUGAAUUGAGCUUUCUGAGAUUGGUGUUAUUUUAGUUUCUCUUGUUUUCUUUCAUUUUCUUGGCACCCAAACAACUCUAAAACCCAAUUUUCGUAUCUGAAUUGAGCUUUCUGAGAUUGUUGUUAUUUUAGUUUCUCUUAUUUUCCUUCAUUUUUUUGGCAUCCAAACAACUUUGAAAACCUGAAUUUAGCAGAGAAGUUCAAUUAGGAUCUUUAAAGCCUCAAAUUCUCAAAGAGCUCAACCUGGGUGUUCCAUUACAUCUCUCAAAUAGUCAAAUUCAUUUAUAAAUGCUUUUCCUUUCAUUACGCCCUGCCUGUAUAUUCGUUCAAUUUCUUAUUAUUCAAACACCAAUAUAAGACUUUGCUUCUCCAGCAAUAAGAAAAAAUAAUAAAGGAGGACUUUUUACAUGGGCGUCUCCUUUAAAAUCUCAAAAACUGGUACUAGGUUCCGUGCAAAGCCUGUUAUUCCACCAGAGCCUGCUCUGGAUGAGGUUUCAGGGAAUUCUAAGGAAAGCUCAGUGAUUGGCUCGAAGAAUGAAUCUUCUUCGAGAAAGCUCCAGGUUGAUGUUGUUGAGGGCAGUGAGGAUGUCUCUGGAGUUUCAAGUUCAGCCAUCUCUGACGGUGAAGUUUCAUUCACGUUGAAUCUCUACCCAGAUGGAUAUUCUAUUGGAAAUCCUUCAGAGAAUGAGGCUGUCCAUCAAGCUAUACUUCAAGAUGCUUCAAAGUUGUUACAUCCAUAUGAUAAGACAUCUGAAACUCUCUUUUUGGCAAUUGAAUCUGGCCGGUUGCCUGGAGAUAUUCUGGAUGAUAUACCUCGCAAAUAUGUUAAUGGGACACUCAUUUGUGAGGUACGAGAUUAUCGAAAAUGUCCUCCUGAGCAAGGUUCUUGUAUUCCAUCUGUAGGCUGGCUCCCUAUUGUAAAUAGAGUGCGCCUCAGAAUGUCAUUGGAGAAUGUAGUGAAGGAUAUCCCAUUGAUCUCAGAUAAUUCUUGGACUUAUGGUGAUUUGAUGGAAGUGGAAUCCCGGAUAUUGAAAGCCUUGCAACCACGUCUUUUUCUAGAUCCUACUCCCAAAUUGGAUAGGCUUUGUAAUAACCCAACUGCCACAAACCUCAAUUUAGGUCUGAGCAGCUUGCGACGAAAAAGAUUGAGGCAGAUGCCUGAAGUUACGGUCACGUCUAGCAGCAGAAUCCAUGGGAAGAAAGUUUGCAUAGAUCGAGUGCUAGAAAGCUCCAACAGCAGGUUAGGAGAUUCAGGAAUGAUCUCUGGCAAUAUGAUGCCGCAGAGUGUCCAGGAGAAUCUGACCACUCAAAACCUUGUUCCAAACAUGUUACCCUUACGAGCAAGAAGCUUUGUAUCUGAUGGCAAUGUUUCAGCACUCCCUUUGGUAUCACAGCAAUCAAGGUAUCAGUUGGGGUUAGGAACCCCAAGAAGUAUGCAGGAUCAGGGGUCAGGGUCUCUUGUUAACAUUCCAGGAGCUUCCCCUGCUGGGCAGGACAUGAUGAUCACAUAUGGUGACCAUAUUAAUUCUGGUGCUUCUCUUCAUGGUAAGAGGGAGAAUCAAGAUGGGCAAAUGUCACCCUUAUCUAGUUUUAAUAAGAGGGCAAGGGUCACCUCAGUAGGUCCUGAUGGAAUGCAACAGCAGCAAUUAGGACCACAUAUCGAUGGUCUCCAUGCAUCAGAUAUGAACUGGAAGAAUUCUUUAUUACCGCACCAAGCAACAGCAAGAGGGAUUCACUAUGCUAAUACAGGCAUUCAGAAGUAUCCCCAGCAGGUGUUUGAAGGGGUUAUGAAUCAAAAUGCUAUGCCAACAUCAUUUUCUGCUCCACAGCAAGGUGUAAGAUUUGGUCCAAAGGAAGAGCAGUUUGAAACAGAAAAGUUAGAUGUCUCAGAGCUCAAUCAGGGUAAAAAUGAUAUGAUGGAUACAGAAAUGGGCCAUCUGGACCAACAGCCAUCACGGUUACAACAAAGAUUACCACCUCAUCUCAUGAGAUCUAAUUUCUCUCAGACAGCCUGGAACAAUCUAAGCCAAGAUUCAAGGAAGGAGGAACAAAUUCAAGGAAAGAGGAAAACAGUGCAAAGUCCUAGGUUAUCUGCUGGAACUUUUCCUCAAUCACCAUUAUCUUCAAAAUCUGGGGAAUUUUCUAGUGGUUCUGCUGGGCCUCACUUUGGAGCAGUUGCAGCAAAUGCUGCAAUUGGAUCAUCACAAAAGGAGAAGUCAGCCGUCACCUCAGUUCUUGCUGUUGGUGGAACCCCAUCUUUGACUUCAAGUGCUAAUGAUUCCUUGCAACGACAACACCAAUCCCAGGUUGCCCAAAAGAGAAGAUCUAAUUCUCUCCCCAAAACCCCAGUAAUGAGCGGCGUUGGUUCCCCUGCUAGUGUUAGUAAUAUAAGUGUUCCGUUAAACGCAAAUAGUCCUUCAGUUGGAACCCCACCUAUGGCUGAUCAAACCAUGCUUGAAAGGUUAUCAAAGAUUGAGAUGGUGACUAUAAGGCAUCAACUCAACAGCAAGAAAAACAAGGUUGAUGAUUUCCCUGUCAGGAAACCCAAUACAUAUUCACAUCAAAAUGUGAUGGCUUGUCUUUCCAAUUUACCCAACAAUGAGGAUUUGAAAGAUGAUGCCAGUGCAAGACAAUUGUUCAAGUCAGUCGUAGGUGGCAGCAUGAAUGUCUUGAAGAUAAGAAUUAUAAAUUUUUUGCUGGCUGAUCGAGUAAUUCAAGGGAAUGCUGUUUCUUUUGUUCCUAGGUCACGCACUAGAAUGAUUUUGUCAGAGAAACCAAAUGAUGGUACUGUAGCAAUGCAUUAUGGAGAACCAGAAGACGGUGAUCCUCUGUCUGUAGAGGAUUAUCUCCCAUCAUUGCCCAAUACUCAUUUUGCAGAUUUGCUUGCAGCGCAAUUUUGUUCACUGAUGAUACGUGAAGGUUAUCUUGUGGAAGAUAAUAUUCAACCAAAGCCUACCCAGAUGAAUAUUGCAUCGACUAGUCAACCAAUUGCUGUUGGAAUCCCUCCUAAUAACUCAGCAGCUGAGGUGCAAAAAUACAAUGAAGCAGUUUCGGCUCAGGCUCCCAAUGACAUAAAACCAAGUCUGAGCGGGAAUGCUUCCAUUAAUCCCUCUCAGAAUCUAUUAGCGAAUGCUAGGAUGCUGCCUCCUGGAAACCCAAAAGCCUUACCAAUGUCUCAAGGUCUUGUGUCUGCAGUUUCAAUGGCUGCAAGAUCACAACAGCUAGACCCUCAGUCAUCUCUUCAACAGCAGCAGCAACAACCACCACAGUUGCAGCAGCAACCACAGCAGCAGCAGCAGCAAAAUCAACAUUCCAUGAUUCAACAACAGCAUUCACAGUUCCAGAGGUCAGCAAUGAUGCUUCCUUCUAAUUCACUCUCUCACUUGAAUGCUCUUGGGCAGAAUUCUAAUAUGCAGCUGGGCAAUCACAUGGUCAAUAAGCCUUCGCACCUUCAGCAUCAGCUGCUACAGCAGCAGCAGCAGCAACAACAACCACAAAUGCAACAGAAGAAAAUGAUGAUGGGGCUUGGAACAGCAAUGGGCAUGGGAAAUAUGGCCAACAAUAUGGUUGGUCUAGGAGGCCACAGUAAUACCAUGGGCCUUGGUGGUGCAAGGGGAAUGGGACCUGGAAUCUCGGGGCCAAUGUCAUCUAUUUCUGGAAUGAAUAAUGUGGGUCAAAACUCAAUGAAUCUUGGUCAAGCUUCAAGUAUUACCAAUGUAAUAAGUCAGCAGAUCCGUGCCGGACAAAUGUCUCAGGCACAAGCUGCUUUUCUGACAUCUAAACUUAGGAUGAGGCCAAGCAUUUUGGGGCCCUCUCAGUCUGGCAUAGCUGGGAUGUCAGGAGCCAGACAGAUCCAACCAGGUUCUGCUAGUCUUUCCAUGCUGGGCCAAUCUCUGAACCGAGCUAACAUGAAUCCAAUGCAACGAAGUGCAAUAGGCCCAAUGGGUCCACCAAAAUUGAUGGCAGGGGUGAACCUUUAUGUGAACCAGCAGCAGCAGCAGCAGCAACUGCACUUACAACAGCAACAACAGUUCCAGCAGCAGCAGCAGCAACAACAGCAGCAGCAGCAGCAAUUACAGCAACUACAACAGCAGCAGUUACAGUUACAGCAGCAGCAGCAACAGCAACUGCAACAGCAGCAAGAUCCAUCCUCAUCACUGCAGGCUGUUGUUUCACCUCCACAAGUAGGUUCACCAUCAACCAUGGUUAUUCCACAACUGAAUCAACAAGCACAACAGCAGCCCCAGCAACAGCCUAGUCCACAGCAAAUGAGCCAGCGAACACCCAUGAGUCCACAGUUGAGUUCAGGAGCGAUUCAUGCAAUGAGUGCUGGUAAUCCAGAAGCUUGUCCUGCCAGUCCACAGUUGAGUUCUCAAACCCUAGGCUCAGUUGGAAGUAUAACAAAUUCUCCAAUGGAGCUCCAAGGGGUAAACAAAAGCAACUCUGUUAGUAAUGGAUAGUAAAGUUCAUAUACCUAGUUCAAAGCUACAUCCUCUCUGAGCUACUCUUUCACAAAAACAAAGAGCUUCAUAGCCAGAAUAUUUCAUCGAAGCUAGCAGGAAGAGUAUUAUUUGCAUGUAUAGUUGUUACUUAGAAUAAUGUGAGUUCUAAGAGAGUGGAGCAUCCAUGCAUGAGAUUUUCAUAUCUAAGUUGCAGUAACAUAUUCAAACCUGCUAAGGGUCAUGUAGGAGUAAGGAAACCAUAUGAAGUGUGAUGGAAGGGUCAACUGAUUAUGAAGUUUGUUAUUAUUAGUUUGAUCAGUUAAGUUUUUGUUUCCUAGUCCUUAACUGCUUGGUUUUUAUCAUAAAAUCAAUAGAAUAAUUAGAAACUGUACAUGAACAA